AUGGUUGCUGGAGCUCCUCGAAGCCCCCCAUUCCGUGCAGAGCACAUUGGGUCUUUGCUUCGUACGGAAGCAUUGCUGAAUAAGAGAAAUGAGGUCGAGGCUGGACAGGCACCGCCGGAGGAGCUCAAGCUCGAACAUGUCGGCAGCGCUUACGUCGACCAUUUCAAGUAUUUGGCAAAUAUCGUCCCACCAGAGGAAGUGAAGAACUUGAAACUAACGCUUGCGGCUCCCAAUUGGUACCAUUUGCGUUAUCGUGAAGGUUGUGCUUACCCAAAGAGGGUGUAUCCGUCGGACAAGGAGUAUUUUGAGGAUAUUGCUAGGGCAUAUCAAACAGAAUUGCAGAUCUUGUAUGAUGCUGGCUUGCGAAAUGUGCAAUUCGAUGAUCCCAUUUUGGCCUAUUUCUGCUCAGAGAAGAUGAUUGCUGGUUGGCAAGCAGAUGCGCUGAACACAUGCACUGUUGAUGACCAGCUCAACGCCUAUACCAAGCUCUACAAUGACUGCAUCAGCAAGCGCCCUGCUGAUAUGCACGUGGGCGUUCACUUGUGCAGAGGAAAUUUCGCCAAGAGCCGACACUUUUCCGAAGGAGGUUACGACAGAAUAGCCACGAAGCUGUUCCGGACCCUCAAUGUCGACACUUAUUAUCUCGAGUACGACACACCUCGUGCUGGUGGGUUUGAGCCAUUGAAAGAGCUACCAAAGCAUAAGAAAGUUAUUAUUGGUGUUGUCACUAGCAAGUUCCCAGAACUUGAGGAUCCUGUAGAAAUGAAGAAGAGAAUAUAUGCGGCCGCUGCUUUCGUCGCUGAUGGGAGUGGGCAGACUGUGAAAGGCGUUGACCAGGAUGGGUGUCAGUCCACAGUGUGGAUUUGCUAG